AUGGUGGUGGUGCCGCGUCCUGGCGCUGUCCAGGUGGAAGGGGCACAGCCGCGCCUGCCGGGGCACGCCGGGCGCUGCACGGGGCUAGUCCUGGGUGCCGGCGGGGCUCCGGCGGGUGCUGACCGUGGCUCUGCCCUCCGCUCUCCCCAGGUGCUGCGGGACGUGCUGCGGGACCUGUACCGCCUGCUGAAGCACGUGGUGGCGGCCGAGCCCGACGGCGCGACCGUGCUGCACGCCCAGCUGGCGCUGGAGGAGCUGGGCCAGGCGGUGCGGGGCGGCCUCUUCCCCCCGCAGGUGCUGGAGAAGAAGAUCGUGUUUGAGAAGAACCUGGACCGGCAGAAAGGGCGCGUGCUGUGCCUCUCCUGGCACCCCUCGGGGACACACAUCGUGGCCGGCUCCAUCGACUUCAUCCGCGUGCUUGAUGUCCGCUCAGGCCGGACGGUGCAGAGGAUCAUGGUGAACUACCACGUGCCCAAGCCCAAGAAGCGCGAGUGCGUGGUGUGGGGCAUCGCCUUCCUGUCCGACGGCACCGUCGUGAGCUCGGACUCGUUCGGGAGGGUGCAGUUCUGGGACUGGGAGCGGGGGACGCUGCUGGAGUCCCACACCGUCAGCACCUCGGCCGUCCUCUCGCUGGCUGUGUCAGAGAAGGAGGACAGCAUCGUGGUGGGCACCUCGACGGGGGCCACCUACCAGUUCCAGCUGCUGCCGGUGAAGGCGGGCAGCCAGGAGAAGCGCUGGGUGCGGACGAAGCCGUUCCAGUACCACACGCACGACGUGCGAGCCGUGGCACACAGCCCGACAGCUCUCAUCUCCGGAGGCCUGGACGCCCAGCUGGUGAUCCGCCCGCUCAUGGAGAAGAUGCAGAGGAAGGGCUACGAGGCGGUGCUGCGCAAGUUCACCUUCCCCCACCGCCGCCUCGUCUCCUGCGCCAGGAAAGCCCGGCUCCUCCUCUUCCAGUUCUCCCAGCACCUGGAGCUCUGGAGGCUCGGCUCCACCAAUGAAACCGGAAAGGACGGCGAGGUCCUUCCCGUCUGCCGCAUGCCCGAGCACCUCCUGCAGCUCAAGAGCAAGGGUCCCGAGCACAUCUACUGCAGCUGCGUCUCGCCCUGCGGCAGCUGGGUCGCCUACUGCACGGCCUCCCGCUUCCACCUCUACCGCGUGCAGCACGAGGGCAACGGCGUCAGCGUCAAGAAGGUCCCCGGCGUGCCCAAGCUGCUGCUCCCGGCGUACCAGCUGCAGUGCGCCUCCGACUCGGGCCGGCUCUUUGUUGCCUCUGACCGAGGCUCCGUCCACGUCCUCCAGCUGCUGGAGCCGGGGGGCUGCAAACACCUGCACACGCUGCGCCCGCCCGCAGGCACGGCCGAGGCUGUUUACCUGCUGGCAUCGAGCGCGGAUGGGAACUGGCUGGCGGCGGUCAGCGGGGACUGGGAAAUCCACAUCUACAGCCUGAAACACUUCAAGCACCACUGCACGGUGCCCACGUACAGCUGUGCCGUGACAGCGCUCGCCAUCCACCCGGCCACCAACAACCUCGUCAUCGCCUACGCGGACCAGCAGCUCUUCGAGUUCAGCAUCCCCGAGAAGCAGUACACGGCCUGGAGCCGCACGGUGCAGAACGGCGGGCUGCACAAGGCCUGGCUGGAGAGGGACUCGCACAUCACCCACAUCGCCUUCAACCCCCAGAACCCCGCGCACAUCCUGCUGCACGACGUCUACAUGUUCUGCGUCCUCGACAAGUCCCUGCCCCUGCCCGACGCCAGCACCCCGCUGCUCAACCAGAGCAUCCUGAAGCAGCUCCCGGAGCCCGCCCGGAAGCGGCAGCUGCACGCCUUCAAGAUCUGCAAGAAGUUCCAGCCGCUGCUGUUCGCCGAGCUGCUGGAGGAGAACCGCCUGGUGCUGGUGGAGCGGCCCCUGGCCGAUCUCCGUGCCCAGCUCCCGCCGCCCGUGCAGCAGCAGCCAUUCGGCACCUAGCGCCGCACAAUAAAGCGCUGCCGCC